AUGUCCUGCACGCGCUACCCUGGCACCACCCGUCACCUGAACCGAACAGAGCAGGUGAGAACGCGACUUAACACGGACUCCUGUUGGUUUAAAAUGAGACGUGUGAAGCAACUCCGGACCUGCUUCUCCGGACCCUGCCCGGACCUUCUCUUCCGGACUCUGCCCGGACCUUCUCCUCCGGACCCUACCCGGACCUUCCCCCCGGACCCUGCCCGGACCUGCUUCUCCGGACCCUGCCCGGACCUUCUCUUACGGACCCUGCCCGGACCUUCUCCUCCGGACCCUACCCGGACCUUCCCCCCGGACCCUGCCCGGACCUGCUUCUCCGGACCCUGCCCGGACCUCCCCCUCCGGACCCUGCCCGGACCUUCUCCUCCGGACAUUGUCCGAAGUUCAUGUCCUUUCUCAGCUGACCAGAUGGAUGAUUUUAGCAGUGAUUUAUUUAGCAGUUUCUUUGAAGACCAUCUAUUAGAGCGCCCCCUAUUGGCAGACAGAGCGUCACUUUUACACAUGGAAUUGGAGAGCAACCCAGAUAUCCAAGCGGAACACAGCUACUCUCUGAGUGAAGACUCUGCCCCACAGAGCCCUGCCCUGUCAAUCAAAAUGGACCAAGACUCUGAGUUCGAGUGGGGGUUCAGUCAGGACCUGUCGGCCAUCUUGGUGAAGGAGGAGGAGCCAGACGGGGGUCAGAGGUUAGACCAGCCACUUGCCGAUGGCGCGCCACAUGUGCUAAAGCUCAUGCCGCCCCACAGAGGAUCACUACACAUGGAAUGCAACCACAGUGAGAUCAAGUCAGUAUCUAUCAAAGAUGAACCCAGAGAGAUGGAAAAGUACCUCAGCCUGCCAAAUGAGGACGGCCUCCAGCUGCCCCCCACCCCACCCAGCAGCAGCCACGGCAGCGACAGCGACGGCUCCCUGCCCCCCUCCUCCCCCCACCUUCUCCUCCCACCCUCCUCCCCGCAGCCGCAGCAGAGGCCGGGGGCACGCGCAUCCUCCUCUUCCUCCUCUGGCUCAUCCUCCGCCAUCUCCUCCUCGCCCCUCCUCACCGCGCCGCACAAGCUCCAGGGUUCAGGACCCCUCCUGCUCACUGAGGAAGAGAAGAGAACACUGGUGGCCGAGGGCUACCCGGUCCCCAACAAGCUGCCCCUCACCAAAAGUGAAGAGAAGGCCUUAAAGAGAGUGAGGCGAAAGAUCAAAAAUAAGAUUUCAGCUCAGGAGAGUCGGAGGAAGAAGAAGGAAUAUGUUGAAUGUCUGGAGAAAAAGGUGGAAAGCUACACUUCAGAAAACGGUGACCUGUGGAGGAAAGUGGAAAACUUGGAAACAACAAACAGGUCUCUCUUACAGCAGCUGCAGAAGCUUCAGUCAUUGGUUUCUGGAAAAGUUGCUCCUCAUUCUUGUAAAAUGGCCUCAACUCAAACUGGGACUUGUCUCAUGAUGGUGGUGCUAUGUUUUGUCCUGGUGUUGGGCUCCUUCUCUCCUUGCCUCCCUCCCCUCACCUUCUUCAUUCAGUCUUCUUCCUCCUCCUCCUCCUCUUCUCCUCCUUCCUCCCUUCCAUCAGCGGAGCUGUACACCACCAGUCAGGUCCGUUCCCGGAGCCUGCUCUUCUACAACGAGGGCACGCCGUUGGAGGAGAACUUAUUGACAGCGGAAGAGGAGGGGCACCAGUCCGAACACCACUCUCAUAUUCAGACUAGCCGCUAUAUAGGCAGUCCCCAAAGUAACCAAACUACUGGUGCCCAAUUUCUCAAGAGAGACAGAGAAACACAACCAGAAGGAGUCACAGAGUAUUUCUGAUGGCCACCCCACCACCCUCAUCC